AUGUUACAAUUCCGUUCAUUCCAUGCUACCGCCAGAAAGUUGGAUUUCUCAAAGAUGUCCAUCGUUGGACGUAUAGGUACUCCCUUCACAGAAUACACUUCUGCUAAGGACGUUAAAUAUGUCAAGUAUGCAAUUGCCUCUCAACCAAGAAAGGAUGGUCCAACCAAUUGGUACAAUGUCACCGUGUUUAACCAACCACAAAUGAACUUUCUACAACAAUAUGUUAGAAAAGGUGCUUUGGUGUAUAUUGAAGCAGAUGCUGCUAAUUACACUUAUGAAAAAGAAGAUGGUACCAAAGCUACUACUUUAAGUUUAAUUCAAAAGGAUUUCAAUUUAUUGAAGAAUGGUAAGCCUGAAGAAGAUGCUGAAACUGGGGAUUCUGCUGCCUCUACUACAGAAUAG